AAAAUCACGGAGUCGCCUGAUUACACUCCCCCUUCUCACUACGUCCUCAUGAAUCCUGGACCAGCUGCCGAGGAAUUACCUGCUCGUCCCACUCAGCCACUCACAGAUGAUACCUUUGCACGGCUCAACGAAUGGGAAUGCCGCUGGAGGGAUCGUCAACAGUUCCUGGAAUCUCGAGGAUACAUGCUACGCCCUAGAUACCAACCUGACUGGAUCCCUUCGUGGAGGGUGAACAAAGAGAGUGCCAUAUGGUGUGAGGAUGCCAUCCGAGCCCCCCUACGUGAGCACUUGAUCGAUGCCAAACGUAUAUCAAGCGGCACAAUGGUGUAUAUCAAGAGAGUGAAGACAAACGACAACGAAAGCCAGAUAGCGACUAUGCUGUCUUCUGAUGGUAUCUGUCGAGACCCGCGAAACCACAGUGUUCCAGUCCUCGAUCUUUUUGAGGAUGUCGAAGACCCGGAUGUUUCUUACAUGGUCAUGCCGUUUUUGCGACUCAUUGAUCGCCCAGCACUGGACCUUGUCGAGGAAGUUGUCGAAUUUAUUGACCAGAUUCUGGAGGGAUUGAUAUUCAUGCAUGAAUGUGGAGUAGCCCACCGCGACUGCACAUAUAAGAACCUGAUGAUGGACGCGUCAGCGAUGUACCCGCAAGGAUCUCACCCCAUCAACGAUGUCUUUCUCCCAGACGCUAGAACGAUUGCCCGCCCUCUUCCACGAACUUCCGUACCUAUGAGGUACUACUUCGUGGACUAUGGCCUAUCCGUACACAUCCAUCCCGACGCCCCCUCGAAGCUGGUGCUGGGCGUGCUCGGAAGGGACCAAGAAGUGCCAGAGCUUUCUGAUGAGGUGCCCUAUGAUCCAUUCGCGGUCGAUAUCUUCAUCGUCGGAAACCUGUUUCGUCACAUGUUCUUCGAGCAAUACUCGAACGUCGACUUUCUCGUGCCUUUGUUCGAGGCCAUGAUACAACAUGAUGCGGUCGCGAGACCCAAUGCUAAGGAGGCUCGCCAGCGAUGGCUUGCCAUCCGUGAAACCUUGUUCGCCGUCAAGACUAGGUGGAGGCUGCGGCCUCGCAGAGAGCCAUGGCAAGAGACGGUGUUCUAUGACUUGUAUGCGUUAGCCAGGAUCUCCUUCUUCUUCCGUAACUUCACCAUGGGAACCUUUGUACUCAUAGGAGCUAUCUGUUUUGUACGUUCGUGAUGCAGGGGUGUUGAUAUUCCUGCACGCUCCGACUCGCAGUCGCGCCCGUCAACGGCAACGGCAUUUGAGCUUUAACUUCCUGAGUGUAUGUGUCCGCCGGUUGCAGCGCAGUCACUUACUGCAUCGACAGAGUGGUUUCAGGCGAAUGAUCAUCUAAUGAAAAUGACCAAGCAAUGCUAGGUAGGGGAGGAUUUGAGAAUCGGACGACCGU